AUGAUCGCACUAUCAAUCAGUUCGCUAAUCAACCAUAUUCGUCAGGGCGAUCCUGCGAUAGAAAUAUAUAAGCAGGCCACUCUUGGGGAUGUCGACUUCAUCACUGGUGACUACCUCGCCGAGGUCAACAUUGCUCAAAAUGCGGAAGCGUUCGCUUUAGGCUCGCAUCCCGGGUUCGAAACGUCUGAACUCAAAGGCCUAGAGAAGACACUGGAUGCGAUUAACGACAAGCGUAUUAAAGUCGCUAUAAAUGGUGGUGCACUCAACCCCAAGGGACUGGCCGAGAAGGUUGCCUUGGGGGACUUUUCUGGAUUUACAGAACCUCAGUACGGUGGACUGGAUCGUUUCGUCGACCCUGGACUUCCAAUUGCCGAGGUUCAUGACAAGGGGUCUUGCGUGAUUACCAGGCAUCCCAGGACCAGAGGCGUCGUAAACGAAGACACCAUCAAGUGUCAGCUACUAUAUGAGUUGCAAGCGCAAGGCAAAGACACAAAGGGGGUUUUAGAAGUGGCAAAUAUUUUCAAAGACAUUUCUCUUAAACAUUUUUCUGGAUUUCAUUGUGCCCUAAAUAUAAGUACUGCCAUCCUAAGGCCGUACAUCGCGUAUUAUCCCGCCCUAUGCCAGCAGGCUCAUCUGAAGGAGAUGGCGCACUUGAUGGAAAUUAAUGAAUUCGGACAGGCUAUUUUAACAUCCUCCUAUCCUGCCGGUGGUGCACCUGCCUUUUCGGGCCAGGCCUCAACUCCUAGGAAUAGUUACAACACUAGCAACCCUGUCGCCUACACAGGCUCACAUAGAUCUAUUCGUCUUGGAGAUAUUGCUCUUGAACGAUCAGUAGACGGAGGGCCAAAUCUCAAUGUCUGUGUAUUUGUACGAACAGAGAAGCAAUGGGAGUGGCUACGGUCAUGGUUAUCAUAUGUGAGCCUAUACAGCUCGCUAUAG